AUGUCUAAGUGGGAGGACGCCAAGACUGCACUGUCACCGAAUGAAAGAAUCGAUGUUUCUUGGGCAAAGGUCUUUGCUGUGAAGACUACAGCAGACGUCGAACAAGGGUUUGGCGAGAACAAGAACCUUUUUGAGGGGCGCAGUUCACUUAAUAUUGCAAGCAUCAAUGGCAUACGGCAAAUAAGGAGUCACUUGAACCGCUACAGUGGUGAUGCCACGGAAGUUCCCCUUACUACUGAACUGAUUUGGCGUGUGAAGCAGUCCUGGGCAAAGUAUGCUGAGAGGCUUAGCGCAGAAACAAGUGCCCAAAGAUGGAAAGUCAUAGAAGUUGCUACCACCACCACAGAAGGGCUGAUGCAGAAUGACAGGAAGGCAGCGGAGAAAAGUUUGGAGCUAUCCAGGACGACCGGCGAUGCAGCAUCGUACAAGGUGGAGCGCCUGCAGGAGCAACUGGCCUCCGAGAAGCAGCGGUCGCAACGGCUGGCCGAGCGGGAACACGAGCUGGAGGCCCAGUUGCAUGAAGCCCAAUCGCGGGCAGCCACCCUGCAUGAUCGGAGCCAGCGCAUCUGCACUGAGUUGGAGACAAUGCGGCGGGAGAAAAGCAACCUGGAAGCCAAGUUUUCAGCUGUGGCUGUUCAGCUGGCCGAGUCGGAGGCUGCCAAGCAGCGGCUGUACCGGCAGAAGACGCCAGCAAGUGCUGAUGAAAGCCGGCGCCUUUUGGAGCAAAACCAGUGGCUGGAGCAGGAAGCAGCUCGUCUGCGCCAUCAGCUGUCGCACACCGUGGACACCAUGCUUGGCCCACAGCCACGCACCAGUACACCGAAGAAACGUGAAGCCCCCGAAGGUCAGAGCCUACAUCGUGGCCCAGAGGCCCCUACAAUUGGUUUGCACCAGCUGGAGGCACGCCUGCGUACAACACUGCAGAUUACACCAUUGCCUCUGGAUGUGAGUCGUGGCAGCCGUGUUGAUGCAGACCAGUCUUCUCAAGGUCGGGGUGAUGGCCUCAGCGCUGAGCUUGAGCGGUCGCUGCAUGCGGUUGCUCAACGGCCCGAUCGGCUGCGCUCCGAGUCACAGCGUCUGGAGCGAGCGCUGGACCUUGAGACUACCAACAGCAUGGCAAGCAGUGUUGCAUCACCUUCCGCCAAGGCACCACCUGCUCCAUAGCCACAGUUUGUGCACAUCCAUUUUCAUGCCCGUCUAGUGGAAGCACAGCCAACGAACACAGCCUGCCUUCAUGCUGUGCCAAGUUGAAACGUCACAGCAACAUUCUUUUUGGUGCCAGUCAGCACUGUGACCUCGGAAGCGUUUGUGCACCAAUGGGCAGGCCUGCCAACCUGCAUUGUCAUGCCAUCCGUGAGCUAUCUGGUGUUUGCCUUAUGGAAUGUCAAUUGAUUACUAUGGCCGGUGGCAAAAGAAACCAGCGUGUGUGCUGUAAAACUUUGUAUUUGACAGCAUCUUGUUCUCUUGGCAGAUGACGUAAAAUGUGCCACUUCUGUGCCCAAUUGAGAGCUUUCAGUGGCUUGAACGUGGGCUUGACUAGAACUGUGGAUGAGUUAGUACACUUUAUAGAAUUUUUUCGUGCCAGUAUUUGAUGAACCAACUCAUAUUCUGCCCAUUCGAAAUAAUUGGCCCAUUCGUGAGAAUAAUUUAUUUUAGAGUUAAAAACGUUUUACCUUGAGCAAAAUCAUGCAUGUAACCUUGGUAAUUUAAACUCAGUCAUGCAUGUAACCUUGGUAAUUCAAACUCUUUGAUAUCUCAAGAAUUUGUUUAGAGCAAGGUUUGCAUAAAGGGGCAUUUGUUUUUCUACACCACAUUGACCGUUGCAUGCCUUCAGCUCUUCUCAAAGAGUGAAGUUUCCGUUGUUCUAAUGUGCAAGAUUUUCAUGGAAUGUGAAUAUCAGUUUGAUUCAUGAACUCUAUUUGAGUGCGCUUGAAUUAUCAAGGUUCAAAUAUACAAUAGUAGGAAAAGUUUUUUUUCUUUCUUGAAGAGGGUUAUAAAGGAAUCACUGACAUUGCUUGUUUUAGACUCUGAUUUACUUUGGAAAUAUUAAGAUUGUGAUAUUAGAAUGUUAUAAGAAAAAAGAAAGUACUUUUUCCUACUAUUGUAUGUCUUAGUGUUUUAUUUUUAAGUGUUAUUUAGUGCAGCUGUCUAGCAUAGACUGAUAUAAUGGCAUUGUUAUGAAAAUACUAUUGCUGCUGUUCGCUUUAGGUUAUGAUGUGCUCUUGAAAUUUGAUAUUAUUAUAUAAAUUUAAUAUUUCAUUUCUUUUGCAUUCUGCUAUUGCUUCUUCAUUUCUGGCCACAUUGUUGCCACUUGUUCAUUGUAGUAGUUUUAGUCAGCUGCAUACUCAAAAGUGAGCUGCAUAUAUUUACUCAAAAAUAGGUCCAGCUUGAAUAUACCCGACCUCUUAUAUUGAUGUUAAAGAGACAGGGCGAGCAAACAUGGACACAGUCUUUGGUUAAGUAUUUUUUGGAGAAGGAAGUCAGGCCUGUGAUUUCAGAUAAGGAAGGGUAUUUCGAAUUAUGCUAGACAGCAUGUUCUCAGAAAAAGCGUUAACAGCCAUAAAAACGAAUUUUAGGGAGGUAAAACUUAAACCAUCGGUAGUUAGGCAGCGUGCGUGCUGUCGAUCUUUUGUUAAGACAUAAUCUUGAGAGAAUAGCGUGUAAUGUCAAGAAGGCUCGCUCACUUUAGAAUUGUUUUUUUUUUCUGGCGAAAACGCAUAAGAACAAGAUUUCUUUUCGAGCUAUUGUUUCUGAAAAAGGCACCUGGCAAAUCGCUGCUUCUAGUUACUUGCAGAACUGUUUAACCUCAGUGAGUUUUUCAGACCCUUUUUGCAUGUGUGAUCCUCAGGUGCUAGUUCAGUUCCACUCAAAGGAGAACCGUGGUGGUUGUAAAGCUUUUAGCAUGGAUAUCGAAUACCUUCAUUACUCCUUGCUGCAUGAAGGCUUAUUAAAACGUGUUAAGGAUUCUAUCAAAGAACAAGUGCAGGAAACGUUUUCACUGGUAAGUGUGGUGUGCCUACGGAGGCUAUUCUAGAAAUCCUUUUCAUGUAUUUAAAGUCAACGUUGGUAGGUUGGAAGGAAGGCAUUUAUGCACAGAAAUAUGGAAUUUGCAUUGGUCCUAAGGUUGCUCCAAUUCUUAGUGAUUUAUGCAUUAGCAAGAUCAACAAACGCUUAGAGGACGCCUUAGGUAAUUGUAUUAAUUAAGGUUUUCUGGUACAUCGAUGAUUGUUUGAUUUUCUGUAGUGGUGAUGACUUUGAAUCGGUGGUUACGUCAGUGAGCGAACAAUGUGAAUUAAACGGAGGAGGGCUUAACUUCACUAAAGAAUUGCCUCGGAAUGAUGGAAUACAAUUUUUAGACAUUUCCUUAACGUUUCAGGAGGACCACGUGUGCUGGUAAUAUUCUCCUAGAUCUACACCGCUGUUAAACUUCUCGUCGAAACAUUCUAAAAUUGUAAAAAAAAACAGUAUAGCCAUGUCAUGCCUUAAGUCUUCUCUCACUAAGUCAUGUGAACACAAAAUGUGUGCCAGCUUUAACGCACAGGUUACGCGUGUUUUAGGUGUCGGCUAUCCUCGCGUGGCAGUGGCCACAGUUGCUGAACGCCUAAAGGAAUCCAUUUUGUUAAGUCCGAGCAUGGUUGCAGAAAGCAAUAGAAAAAAGCGUGUCAUCGGUAUUCCUUAUGUUCAUUGCGUAUCUCAUAGGCUAAAAAAAGAAGGGGGUAGAUACGAUGUUAAUGUUGUUUUUACGGCUGCCAGUAAGCUAGGUAUAUAAGAUAUGUGCCGCAGUGCAGAGAAAGAAUGAGCGGGUAAUAGAUAAGAAGCAGACUGAUAUUUGUUUUGUGAAACAUACCAAAAAUUCAGUGAUUGCCGUACGUGUGUGGUGUAUUCCGUUUAGCUGCGGUCGCUUUUACGUGGGGCAAACGGAUCGCUGUGUUAACCAGAGAAUAAUGGAACAUAAGAGAUCGCUAACUGGAGGCUCACCGUCUAAUCUAUCUUUACAUUGUCGAUAGUGUAAGUGCACGUCAAAGUUCGAUGAAUGCGCGAUUUUGUACCGGCACAGGAAUGAAGAAAAGCGUUUAAUGGUUCAGGCCUGGCAUAUCGAUAAUAGUGUUAGCGCAUGCGUGAGCCAACCAUCGAUUAACCUGCAUAAAGCAGAAAUCAAGUGUCUGAAUAGUUGUCUCUCACGUAGACCAUCACGCGUGCCGGAUUGAGAGGUUCGCCUAUUGCAUGGGCAUGUACAAAUAAGUUUUCAUGCCUUCUUUCUUUUCCGCCGUUGUGCGUCUCUUCAGUUGUUAGUGGGCGUUUGUGGUGUCUUGACUUCUUUUUUGUGUCAGUGUUUGCACGCCCUGUCUCUUUAACAUGAACACUUACCAACUAGCUUAGCUCUCUGUUAUUUUAAGCUCUUAGAUUGGUCUCUACGAGAAAUUUUAAAAAGUGAUUUGAAUAUAUAGAUCAACCCAUACUUUUUGAGAAAUGGAAAAUUGGAGUAAGGCGCACCUUUAAUUACAAUAAGCACAGUUUGUUUAUAAUACACACGCAUGUAUUGUACACACGUCACUUUUCGUGAGAAAAAAAAAAGCAUCACCUUGAAGGCCUGUGUUUUCUCAACUGCUGGUGACAACCGAGUCACAUACAGUGAUCACAGUUCUGUGGAUGAUGCUGCUCUCAUUUUUAUGGUUUUAUCAGUCAACAGAAAAUCUCGACUGAGUGUGCCAACGUGUGCAGCCACGGUGGCUGAGUCAGAAAUGUAGUCUGCAGCGUUCACAGUGCUCUCUGAAAGUUUUAUUAGAGUUCUUGAUGCUAUUCUUCCUCUUUAUUUCUGUGGUCUGCCAUACCAGUGCAGCUGACGCUUGAGGAAUGGUGGGUACGGCAUUGGAACUUCAUUAGCUCGGUAUUUUUUGCUAGCUUUGGCCACGAAUAUAGGUCGAUACCUAAUUAUGGGUGACGUUUCCGACAAGAAAAGGCCCGCCUAUACUAUAAUAAAUACGAUAGCUGUGCAGCUUUUGUUAACAAAGAAAACGUGUGCUCAUAUUAUCAGGUUGUCAUUAACUGACUGUUCCUUUCAUUCUGAAAUGUGUCAUAAUGAUGACAAGUCUUAGUAGACAUCAUCACAGUGCACUUAAACUUCGUCACCGUCACUGCCAUGCUGAAGUGCGUGCAUGUUGUAACAUUUGUUACAAGCUGUUUAUUACAAUAGUGCAAUUGUCUAGCAUAAACCGAGAUGGUCACACCAGGAAGAAAAUACCACUGCCACUGUUCACUUAGACUGUGACGUUGUUUGGAAAUUUUACAUUGUAUUAUAUAUAAGUGUCAUUUCCCUUUGCUUAUUCUACCACCACUGUUAUUAGUUUUUACCAUGUUGUUGCUGCUCUUUCAGUGUGGAAGUCUUGGUCAAUGUUCUAGCAGUCUUUUUGUGUUUUUAUUGCAUAAUGUGCAUUUACUGGAAUUUCGGAUGCUUUUGCAAUUAGUGCAAUCCGCUUGCUGUCCAAGAACUUACUC